AUGAAUGCAUCAAGAUAUUCUGCAUCUCGACAGAAAUCAUGCGACCAAUGCUCAAUUUCGAAGGCAAAGUGCGAUCGCCAGACUCCCUGUGCAAGAUGCGCCAAACGAGGUCUGUCGUGUGCCUAUCCCACAGCAACCCCUGGCCAUGCCGAAUCUCCUCGUAGCCAAGUGCAGGAAGACAGCGUCUAUGGCUCAGAAUUUGGAACAAGACUAUCAUUUCGUAGUCCACGACAUGAACCCCUUCCGGCAAUUCGCGCCGAUGAUCUGGCGGACACUUGCCCCGAAUUUAGUCAUCUUGACUUGCUCUGUCCUAUCAACGUCGAGGAUAUUAGCAAUCGCUGGCUAAAUCCCUACAUUCCUGGUCCCGAGCAAACCAUCAAGUCCUAUCCGGUUGUUGUCACGAAUUACAUUUGGCGGAUAUUAAACUCGUAUGCUGCCAGUGCAUCUCGUGGACGCGGUGUGCCCCCAUUCAUUCAUCCUGCACAAAUGAAGGAUCAAAAAGCAAGUUUACCAUUGAAUACUUGCUUGAGCCUCAUUCGCAUAAGCGAGCAUCCCUUGCCAGGCACUGAGAAUGCGGCUGCACUCGUUCUUCAGCGAGAGAUGGAGAGCAUAGCUGCAGCGCGAGAAAUCUAUGAUGACAUGGCACUUCUAGCUGCCUACCAGGCAUAUCUGAUGUAUGCAUUGGUGUUAUUCUUCCGCUUGAGUCAAGGCUCCAGUGCUUUCUUUCGUCAAGCAAUGAUGAAUCUACAAGAGCUAGCAUGUUCUACGUCCCGUCGAGGCCUUGUGUGCGCAACCGACCAACACCAUGCACGUCCUAAAUGGGAAGAAUGGAUUGUCACCGAAUCCAAGAGGCGCACACUUUACGUGAUGUAUCUUUUCGACAGCGUGCUUUCCUCGCAAGAGAACCUUCCCACCUUUCUUGGGACAGAGUUGCGAGGACUUCCCGCCCCAGCGAAUAAACUCUUGUGGCAGGCACAAGGACGAAGUGAGUGGGAGAAAGAGUAUAAUGUUUUUCUUACGGAAUGGACGAAGCAAUAUCUCACUAUUGAUGAGCUUUGGCCCUUGCCUCCAGGUCUGAACGAUGCCGAAAUUGCUGAGAGACGUGAUAGAGCAAACCGAUGGCUUGAGAACAUGGAUGAAUUUGGAACGAUGCUCUUUGCCGUGACUAGCUGUACGCACGGGUGA